GCCCACGGCAUAGGCGGCCUAGACCGUUGCCUAGGGCGCCAUCUGGUGAGGGGGCGCCAAAUGGCAGUCUCCCUCUCAGUCUUUCUUUCCUUUUUUUUUAAAUUUUUUUUUAUUCACUUUCUUAAUGCACCAUUAUGUUUACUCUCAGUCUCUCAACCUAUAAAUAACUACAAAUUUUGUGAAACUUAAAAUAAAACUCGUUUUCACUAAUCAUGACUCACAACUCUCGCGAGUUGUGAGUCACGCAUGCAUCCUUUUCCAUCUGAUCUGCGGCGCCGCCGCCGGGGCGGCGCCCCGCGCUACUACAGCAUGCUGUUGAGUUUACAAGGUGAGUGAGUGGGGGAUGGGCAGCGCAUCCCAUCAGUUUAUUGAUGAGAUGGUCGUCGUCGUAGCGCUGUCAUUUUUGUAAACAUAAAACUUUUAUCAUGAAAAGGCUGUCCAAGCCUUCGGGUGCUGCUUUCAGAAAGCGAAGAAGAGAAGAGGAGGAGAAACGGGCUCAAAGUCGAGAUGCUCUGAGAAAAUAUCUACAGCCACGACAGGGGCCAACUGUAGAAGCUGCUGCAGAAGAGGCAGCAAGCUCGGUCUCACAGUUACCUUCUCCUGUGGCUGUUAGUGACAGUGACAGUGAACAUUCAUCUCAAGCAUUAAGCAGAAGCACAGCAGUGAUUGAGACACAACUUCAAAAUGUUGAUGCUGGAGCAGUCAGUGAAGCACCAAGCAGCAGCACUGUAAUUCUUCAGACACCACCUCAAACGGUUGAACCAGAAGGACCCAGCACCAGCAGUCUCAAUACAAUCCGCCAGCCUACAGGCGCUCCAUCAACAUCAACAGAUGUAUGUGAGCCCAUCUCAGCAGCCCCCAUUGAUCCCGCUGAUUGGCCACCCAACUUGUCUGAUUCAGAGAGGACUGAAUUGGUUAGUCGAGGACCACCUGUAAUAAGGUCAGACUUCUCGUUCCCCAAAAAACAGGAUGGAAGAAGUUGCCAUCACCGCCAUUUCUUCAGACUGUUGACCAAUGGGGAAAAAAUCAAAAGGUCAUGGCUCAUGUAUUCAAAAAAGAAAGAUAGUUUGUACUGUUUCUGCUGCAAGCUCUUCUCACAGAAGACUUUUAAACUUAGCAAGGAUGGCACUGAUGACUGGAAAAACUGUGGUGACAUACUUAAAACACAUGAAAACAGUAAAGAACACACAAAUAACAUGGGAAGCUGGAGAGAACUUGAAAGUCGUUCAAAAAAGGGUCAAACAAUUGACAAUAUUGAGAUGGCCAUAAUACAUGCUGAAAGGAGGAGAUGGCGGGAAGUUCUCACCAGACUUGUGGCAAUUAUUAAGUCACUGGCAGAGAGAAAUAUUGCACUCAGGGGUUCCACAGACCAACUUAAUCAGCCAAACAAUGGAAAUUUCCUUAAGGAAGUGGAGUUAAUGGCUCAGUUUGAUCCUGUGCUUUUAGGAGAACAGUGAACAGGGAGAAGAGGCUCUGCUGUUUGUGACGUAGAAGCAACAGACAGCUCGUUUUUCUCAGGUCUGGGAGGGGCUGCUAGUUGAGCAGCAGAAACAGGAAAAGCACAAACAAACGGGGACAAAAAAAAAAACACUUUGGGGGUGUUUUUGAAGAGGAAAUAACAGUAUGACAUGGUUAAAACCUACAAAAAGUGGAUUUUGCAUGAUAUAGCUCCUAUUGUUAUGAUUAUGUUAACAAAUUAAAGCAGGUCUUUAGUGUAGACACCUCUGCUGAAUCUCUGCGCAGAGAUUUAUGGGAAAGUGUAUUGGAUUCGAAGGGGGGGGGGGCGCCGUAUUACUAUUUUGCCUAGGGUGC